AUAAAAGCUUAUCGUACUGGAAUUCCAAGUAACAACAUGAAUACAACAAAUAUGCUGGAAUCUUGGCAUAAACAUCUUAACAUGGAAGUUGAUAUUUGGCAACAGCAGUGGCUUGCUGAUAUUAGAGCAGAACAAAUGAUGCUAGCUGAAAGAGAAACUCAUAGUAGACAAAUAAAAGGACAAGAAUUAGCAAAUACACAACAGCAACAUAUACAACAAGCAAGUUAUCAACAACAACCUACAACUGAGAUGCUUAUUGAAAGUAUACAAAAAAUAACACAUAACCUUCAUGAUCUUGAUAUUAAUGCUUUGAA